GAACCCGACAUUCUUUUUUAUAAUUUCAAAAACAGAUCUUCGAGAAAAAGGAGUUGCACAAACCUGAUAUUUCACCCUUCGGAGUUCCGGGCCACUCACCCGGACCUUCAAUUCUGAGAUACCCAUAACCUAUCGCUAUGGCAUCAGAGAAAACAAGCCGCGCCCCGGAGGCGGAAGAAGACGAGGAGGAUGACUACAUGAACAUGACAUUCGGGGAGGAAGAACCUACAUCAAAACCCGCCGAAACUUCACUUCAGCGCCGCCAGCGUUUAAAGCGGGAAGGCGAGAUCAAAGGGCGCGUGAAAUCUAAAGCGGAACAAGCCGCUGAGGAGCGCGCUGCCAGGGAAGAAGCUUUAUCACGGUCUAUGUUGCUUGAUGGCUCCCGGGCUAAAAAGAGCAAAGGUCUUGCUAUGAUGGCUAAGAUGGGAUUCAAAGCUGGUACGGCGCUUGGUAGUACGGAGAAUGGGAAUGAAGCUAGGCUCGAGCCUAUACGGCCGGAGAUGAAGGAGGAUAGGGGCGGAAUAGGUCUAGAUUCGGAUCGCAAGAGGAAAAUUAAUGAGGCGGCGACACAGCAGGAGAAGAAGUUGAAGAUCGAUGAGACGGAAUUCCGCGAUCGUGUUAGGAAGGAAAGAGAAACGGCGAGGUUGGAGAGGCAGUUCUACGCCGGGAUGAAGGUCUGUGAGAGGAUGGAUGAGGAGAGUGGAGGUGAUGAUCUGCGGCAAAAGGAUGAUGACGCGGAAGAAGAGGAGUCGUCAACGAAAAAGAAAAGGACAUUAUCUACACGUCCACUCAAAUCCAUUCCUGUAGUCUGGAGAGGUCUUGUUCGAAAUCGAGAAGAAGCAGAACGAGAUCGUAGGAUGCGACACGACCUAGAACAAAGUUCAACACGGCUUCCGACAUAUAUAGACGAUAUGGAGGACGAAGACGACAGAAAAGCGAUGGGCAAGACAAGUAUAGCAUAUGUACCCGUCGAAGAUCUGGAAGAGGAAGAUCCAGAGCUGGAUGAGUUCAACGCACUCGAGGCUGAAGAGAAGUUGAGACGACUUGUGGAAUACCUUCGGAAGGAGCACAACUACUGCUUCUGGUGCAAAUGCAGCUAUCCGGACGAGACGAUGGAGGGCUGCCCUGGUUUGACGGAGGAAGAUCACGAUUAAUAUGAUAGUUCAGCAUGGCCUGAUCUCCCGCGCCCUAUAUUAAAGAAAUUUGCUACAUACAGGUCGACAUCAGCACCUCAAAAUCACCCAUGUUCUAGUCAGAGUACUAUAUAAGGGGUCUCGGCGACGUUCGAUAAAACCCAUACUCAUCCUUGGGAUAAUUAAUCUUGCAAGGUAAUCAAACAAGCCAUGCAAAUACCUAAGCAGAGAUACUAAGAAAUUGGUCUAACCGAUUAUAAUACCAUGGCCCUUGGGGGUGUAAUAGAAUAAAGUUACCACUGGAGGCUUCUACAUAACACCUGCGGACCUCACGCCGAGAAAUCUGAGAUAGUAAAACAUAUGACACUUGAGUAAUUCGCUUCCAUUACUUUCCAUUUUAUUGUGAGUACCAAAGGCUACCUCGACAAAGCAUGUCAUACCUGAGAGUAAGCCCAAGUCACGCCACUGACGUGCGUGUCACUCAUUUCCUACGCCUGUGGCGGCGCCAUAAAGCCCUCCCGGGAAUAAACCCGUUCUUCUACACCUAUAUCCUCGUUCCUUAUUUCCGGUCAUCUUAGCACUUGAGCAAAUAUUUUCGUUAUAGAACCACACCCACACAACACAGCA